AGCAGCUAUCUGCUGCAGCUAAUUCAAGCUCUUCUCAAACCCUUGGGCUAACUUGGUAAACUUCCAAGUUUAUAAAUGGUCCGCUUGUUUGCACCCCAGCUCCAGGGCUCGAGAAUAACGCUGUCGUGCUAGACCCCGCCCUUCAGAUAACCCUUAUAAACACAGACCAGACAGAUGAACUUUGAUGUUUAAUCAAGCCCCAGCUCAGCGCGGAGAGGUUACUGUCUGCAGAGUGGAGUUUGACGCGAAUCCCAGUGCAAGAAGCGACUGACACAGCGACGCGGACACGACACACAUGGCAAAGUGUGAAGGAUGCGGUCCGGGGUACAGAACUCCACUGGAUGCCAUGAAAGGUGCACAGGAGGAGAUUGUCUAUGUUCCCUGUAUCUACCGCAACACCGGCAUCGAGAAACCAGACUACCUGGCCACAGUGGACGUCCUUCCCGGCUCUAUUACAUACUGCGAGGUGAUCCACCGCUUGCCCAUGCCGAACCUGCGUGACGAGCUGCACCACUCUGGCUGGAACGCCUGCAGCAGCUGCUUCGGAGACUCCUCCCGGAAACGAGACAAGCUGAUCCUGCCGGCCCUCAUCUCCUCCCGGAUCUAUGUGGUGGACGUGGGCACCGCCCCCCGAGUGCCCAAAAUACACAAGAUCGUGGAGCCCACAGAGUUGUUCUGGAAGUGUAACCUGGCGAACCCGCACACCUCCCACUGCCUAGGCACCGGAGAGGUGAUGAUCAGCACCAUGGGGGACCCCGCGGGGAAUGGGAAAGGGGGGUUCGUCCUGCUGGACGGGGGCAGUUUUGAGGUGACGGGGUGCUGGAACCAGCCCGGUGAGGAGGCUCCCUUUGGGUACGACUUCUGGUACCAGCCCCGUCACAACGUGAUGAUCAGCACCGAGUGGGGCACCCCCAAGGUCCUGGCCUAUGGGUUCAAUCCAGCUGACGUGGAGGCAGGACACUACGGGCGGCACAUUCACGUCUGGGACUGGAGCAGUCGAACCCGGAUCCAGUCCCUGGAUCUGGGGGAGGAGGGGGCGAUCCCGCUGGAGAUCCGAUUCCUCCACAAUCCUGACAGCACGGAGGGCUUUGUGGGCUGCGCGCUCCGAUCCAAUGUGUUCCGCUUCUACAGAACCCAGAAGGGAGACUGGGCUGCAGAGAAGGUGAUCAGUGUCCCAAGUAAGAAGGUGGAAGGCUGGAUCCUGCCGGAGAUGCCUGGUCUCAUCACAGACAUCCUGAUCUCUCUGGACGACCGCUUCCUGUAUUUCAGUAACUGGCUGCACGGGGAUAUCCGUCAGUACGAUAUAACUGACAGCAGGAACCCCAGACUGGUGGGGCAGGUGUUCCUGGGAGGAAGCAUUGUGAAUGACAGGCCAGUCAAGGUGCUGGAGGACAAAGAGCUCCAGAGCCAGCCGGCGCCCCGUGUGGUCAAGGGCAAGAGAGUCGAGGGCGGUCCCCAGAUGAUCCAGCUGAGCCUGGAUGGGAAGCGGCUGUACGUCACCACGUCUCUCUACAGCGGCUGGGACAAGCAGUUCUACCCGGACCUCGUCAAGGAGGGCUCGGUGAUGCUGCAGAUCGACGUGGACACACAGAACGGGGGCCUGCACCUCAACGAGAGCUUCCUGCUGGACUUCGGGAAGGAGCCGGGCGGGCCGGCGCUGGCCCACGAGGUGCGCUACCCGGGUGGGGACUGCAGCUCCGACAUCUGGGUGUGAAGCUUGACCGCAGCUUUGUCAUUCAAAAGAGUUUUUGUGUUUGUAUUUUUUUUUUUUUUUUGUAAUGUUGCAUUAGUGCAGGGAUGGAAUUAACUCCCAUUGCA